AUGUCUUCUGAGUUAUUACAAAUACCCGAAGAAUCUGAAAGUAAUAAUAAUAACCGGCAUUGGUGUACACCUGGAUCAUCAUUUGGAAAAAGAUGGCAUAGUUUUGAACAAUCAACAGAUAAAGAUAGUGCAGAAAUUAAAAUCAAAUUAACCAAUCAAAAUGAUCAAGAAAUUUAUUCAGAUUUAAUAAAUGAAAUUUAUGAAAUUAGUGAAACUAGUGAGCAAGAUAAUAGCAAUGAAGGUGAAAAAAGUGAUACUGAUAAUGUAUUAAAUAAUUUAAUUUAUGAUACAAACUCAAAUACAAUAGAAGAUCUUUUUGAUUUUUCUGUUUUAUUAUCACAAGAAUAG